AGAAACUUAGAAAAUGUCCAGUUUACUGUACAACCCAAUUUUUUGGCGUACUCUGUAUACCACUGGAAAAGUAAACAUAACCUCACUAAUCAGUGACCUAGGCUAGAGCACAGUUUUUGAAUUAUGAUGGGUACAAAACAGAUAAUUUUAGGUUUCGGGAGACGUUUUGUCUCGUACAAAAGUGCCAUAGCCCUAGAUAAGUUGUACCCAACAAGCAGUCUCAAACUUACCACUCCGAAGUUUGCGAAUAGUGCGGAUAAUUUUACCGGUUAUAUACCUAUGAACGAACUCGACGUAACAUAUUCGAAAAGCAGUGGACCCGGUGGACAAAACGUAAAUAAGGUAAACACCAAAGUCGACGUUCGUUUCCAUUUAGACUCCGCCACGUGGUUAACCGAUGAAGUUAAGCAAAAUUUAAAGGCUAAGCUAAAAACGAGGAUGAACAACGAUGGAUUUCUGAUAUUUCGUUCCGAUCUAACCCGAUCCCAACAAUUAAAUUUGGCAGAUUGCUUAGCUAAACUUCGGGAGUGUAUCUAUUCGGUGAUGAUUCCAAGUCAUACUGUGGACGAGGAAACUGCUGAGCAUCUAAGACGAAGAUACGAAAAGGCGAUGAGAGAGCGAUUAUUUAAGAAACGUCAUCGAUCACAAAUUAAGGCGGAUAGGAGAGAUCCAGUAGUAUCUGAGUGAUACUUGUUUACGGAAUUAGGUUUAAUAUUGUAAAAAAUAAACUUUCUAAGAAAA